ACUGGAAAGAUUACUACAUCUUCUCACUCCUACACUCCCAAAUUUGGCCUCAGGUGAAUUCUAGAUGCAAAUGAAAAGACUGGGAAGUCGGGUUUUUAGCGGGUUUUAGCAAGAAAAGAGUUAAGGAAGAAAUAGAGAAAAAAUAGACAAAUAUAAGACUUGAGGCUAGAGAAAAAUCGGGGUUUUCUUUGGGGGUUCUCCGACGAGGAAGGAGAAGCAGAGAAGACGAAGAGAAGAAAAAUGGGGGAUUUUUUCUGAGAAUUAUUUCUGAGAAAGAAACUUCAGAAAAGAUUCGUCCUUUUUUCAAAGUCCCUCUUCUUCUUCUUUGGCUUCUCAAACUAUUUUGCAGCUCAGCUCUCACUGUUCUUUAUCUACUGAGGACAUUAGUUUUCACAAAAUUAAGGACGUUACCUGGUAUAAAUGGACAACGCGUGCAAAGUGGAAGAAUUAGAGAUGCCAGUAACAGGGAUCUUUCAGCUACCAGGAGAACCUGCCAUUGUGAUAAAUGGCCUGCCUCCAAUGGGUCCAAGAGAUUCUGCUCCUUCUACUAGUAAUGUUGUUAGCGAUGCUAAGCAACACGAAAAUCCUGGUUUUGGUGAAUGGUUGGUUGGAAGAGAAGUUCUGAAAUUAUUCGGAGGACAGUAUUAUGCUGGAAAAGUCGCCAAGUAUGAUGAGGAAAUGUGCUGGUACAGGGUGGUCUAUGAAGAUGGUGACUCUGAAGAUCUUGAAUGGAAUGAGUUGGAAGAAGUGCUUCGUCCCUUGGAUAUCAUGGUGCCUUUGAAAUCUAUAUCAGCAAAAAUAAUUAGGAGGCAACAAAAAUCUGUUCAGAAGCCUGCAAAACUUGGGACUGGUAACAUGCUAGGUUAGUCAAUGAACGAUGGUAACUCUUGAACAAGCUAGCUUCAUGUCGGAAACUCAUCAAAGCCAGCAAGCAGUUAUAUACCAGGCGAAGUUGCAUCCGAAUUUGUGCUGCCAUUUAAAUACGGUGUUGUGUCCCGAUCCUGGUUUUAAUAACUGAAGAAGAAAAAUCUCAUGAUCGUCUAGUUGCCUACUUUCUAGGACUUGUAUGUUUUACAUGGGAGUAAAAUAUUGGAUUUUGACCGAUUUGUAGUUUCUAGUUGUGACUGUUGCAUGAAUUUCCAGAAUUGCUGAUCCGAAAUAAACCAGACGGGGGAAAACAGUUCAACUAUGGAAUUUCUCAUUUUAUGAUGGCCAGCAAGGGGAACCACUGGGCGGAAAAAGAUUGGUGGAGUGGGGAAGGUAGGGUAGGUCGGCUUCGAAUCUUUUGUCUUCAAAUUAAUUUCUAUCUUCUCUGUCCUUUCUUUGUACA